AACGUCAACCAAAAAACAAAAUCAAUUUUACAUUUUUCGAAUGUUUCGGUUUAGGUUUUACGAGUCCGACCUAGCUGAGCGCGUUUCGCGCAAAGCGACCCCCUCCAACUAACACGGAGAGUAAACAAAAUUUCUCUCUCGACUUCGCUAUCGGGAGACACAAUGGAAAAGUUGGCACCCGCAAGAUAGGAACGAUCCGACAGGCUUCGUCGAAUUUUCGCUCGUUCAUACAAGCAACCAUUUGAACCAUGGAUGACGACGGCAGUGGACUCUUCGCUUACGUCUGGGGCACCAUAGUCCUUCUGGCACGAACUGCCAUCGUCGUUGGGGUGCUCACGUUCGCAGGCUGGAUCUACAGCCGUGUGACUCUGAGAAAAUGCAAGUGCACGAACCGGCUAGAUGGCAAGACCGUCCUCCUCACGGGAGGGAGCACUGGUAUUGGCUACGAGACCGUCAAGGUUCUAGCUGCGAGGGGGGCACGGGUCAUCUUCACCUGCCGAAACACACACGUGGGCGAAGUCGCACUCAAGCAGAUCAUCAAGGAAACCUCGAACCCAAAUGUCGUGAUGAAGCGCCUCGACUUCUGCUCCCUGAACUCUGUGAGGCAGUUCGCGGAUGAUUUCUUGGAGAACGAAAAUCAACUCAACAUCCUGAUCAACAAUGCUGGUCGCGCAGGUCCCCCCGAGCGAAGCGUGACCCGAGACGGCUUCGAGACCACCAUCCAGAGCAACCACCUCGGGCACUUCUUGAUGACUCAUCUGCUUUUAGACCUAAUUAAAAAGAGCGCACCGAGCCGGAUCAUCGUGGUGUCGUCCAUGGUCCACGCCUGGGCCCAGUUGGACGUUGACGACUUCUUUGUCGAGAAGCGCUACAGCCCCGCCAGGGUCUACGGAGUCUCCAAGCUGCUCAACAUCUACUUUGCGCGCGAGCUUUCAGACAGGCUCCGUGGAGAGGGUGUCACUGUCAAUGCCCUGCACCCUGGACUUGUGAGGUCCAUGUUCUUCAGAGACCCUCCUGUGACCUUCAUCUCCAAGUUCCUAAGAUACGUCGUGAUACCCUUGUUUGGAAAGUCGCCGCUGGAGGGUGCACAGACGACGAUCCACCUGGCGCUGGCGCCCGAGCUGGAACACACGAGCGGCAAGUACUUCGCGGAGUGCCAGGAAGCCAAGCCGGCCGCCCACGCACUGGACCCCGUGCUCCAGAGGAGGGCCUGGGAACUCACCGAGAGGGCACUCGGGCUUUCCUGAGGCCACAGUCUCCGAGGCUGCGGGGGCCCCGACUAAUAAAACGAACGGAUGCAG